AUGGAGCGCGUAAAACACUGCAUGGUGAAAUCCUUUGGAGGAUUCAGGUGGCUAACGAGACCCAGCAGAUCUACAUGGAGGAGAGACACACAGACCACCUCCGACCAACGUCUUCCUCCAAAAAUCCUACGGAUACCACCCUCCAAUCGCCACCACCACGGGGCGACCACAACCAAAGCGCUUCGUGAAGAACCAAAUCCCAGACUCAAUCCUCACGGACCCAUCUCUCAACGCCGCCAUCUCUCUCUCCCCUCCAACUACAACUUCGAGAUACACAAGUGCGUCUGGCGAUUGCGCUCCACGAACGCCAAGCGCGUCGCCCUUCAGUUCCCGGAGGGUCUCCUCAUGUACUCUUUUGUCAUCUCCGAUAUACUUACCACUUUCGCCGGCGUCACCCACUGUUUCGUCCUCGGGGACGUCACGUACGGCGCUUGCUGCGUCGAUGACCUCUCUGCCGCUGCUCUCUCUGCCGACCUUCUCAUCCACUUUGGCCACAGCUGCCUCGUCCCCGUUGAUUACACUUCAAUACCGUGUUUGUACGUCUUUGUCGAUAUUAAAAUCGACGUUGAAAAUCUGUGUAAUAACAUAAAAAAUGGUCUCGAUCGCAAAUCUAGAGUAGUUCUAGCUGGUACAAUACAAUUUGGGUCAGCAAUUCGGGCGGCCAAGCCCGAAUUGGAGAAAUUAGGGUUUAGGGUUUUGGUUCCACAGUCCAAACCCUUAUCCGCUGGGGAGGUUCUUGGUUGUACUGCCCCGAGCUUGCCUCUGAGCGGCAUUGAAAAUUCUGAUGAGACUGUUCUUGUUUUCGUGGCGGAUGGGAGGUUUCAUUUGGAGGCGUUUAUGAUUGCGAAUCCGAGGAUUAAGGCAUUUAGGUAUGACCCUUAUAUUGGGAAGUUGUUUCUGGAGGAGUAUGAUCAUGAUGGUAUGAAGGAGUCGAGGAGGAAUGCGAUUGUGAAGGCGAGGGUGGCGAAGAAUUGGGGGAUUAUUGUGGGGACUUUGGGGAGACAAGGGAAUCCAAGGAUUUUGGAUAGGUUGGAGAAGAAGAUGAGGGAGAAGGGUUUGGAUUGGACUAUCUUGUUGAUGUCGGAGAUAUCGCCUGCCAAGAUUGGGUUGUUUGGGGAUUCAGUGGAUGCUUGGAUUCAGAUUGCGUGUCCGCGGUUGUCAAUUGAUUGGGGAGAUGCGUUUGAGAAGCCACUUUUGAAUCCGUUUGAGGCUGAGAUUGCUCUUGGUGGCUUAACUGGGUGGUGGGAGAGAACUCCGAUUAUGAAUUUGAAUUUUGGUUGUAAAGAUGGUUUGCAAUGUGCCAAGAAUGAAACUUGUUGCGCGUGUAACAACGGGGAUGUGAAAGAUAAGGGAGAGACUGUUGUGGAUUAUCCGAUGGACUAUUAUGCUCAGGAUGGAGGGGAAUGGAAUUCUUGUUACUCAAAGAAGGUGGCUCGUCCCCUACGGAGGAAUGUUCAAUCUUGUAAUGGUACUGUAACCAGUGCCUAA